UUGCACCUCUAAAAAGCCGGGGAAUGAUUCAUAUUAAAUGAAAGUCGUACGAUGUUUUGUGCGUGAUCAUAUUGUGAAUCGAUUAAAUUUUCAAUUUAAAUUGUUUUUCGUCAGAGUCAAUUGAACAACAUAAUUUUCCAGUUUUAGAAACUCAUCAAGAUGUCAGUACAAAUGAAUGGAAUAUCACAUGAUAAUAAUAAUAAAAAACCUAGUAAUGGUCCGGAUCAAAUAAUUCCCGCUGAAAAUUUAUACACAGCUGAUCCAACAGGAUGCGUUAAAAUUCGAAUGCCAAAUAAUAGUAAAGAUUUAUCAGGAAACCCUCCAUUGUCGGUUCCGGGAUUAUUAAAAAGAACUGUAUCAAAUUAUCCCGAUAGUAUUGCUCUUUGUACUAAGUUACCCGAUGGAAAAUGGCACAAAAUUACUUACAGAGAAUACCAACAACAAGUCCGUCUUGUCGCCAAAGCAUUUAUUGCUUUAGGAUUGGAAAGAUAUCAUUCGGUAUGCAUUUUAGGGUUUAACAGCCCCGAAUGGUUCAUAUCAGAUUUGGCAGCUAUUCACGCCGGUGGAUUCGCCGCUGGUAUAUACACGACAAACACGGCUGAGGCUUGUUUUUAUUGCGCGGAAAAUAGCAGAGCCAAUAUCAUUGUCGUCCAAGAUAGCAAACAAUUGGAGAAAAUUCUUUCCAUCAAAUCGAGAUUGCCUCAUUUAAAAGCAAUUAUUCAAUACGAGGGGAUCCCUGAUAAACCAGACGUUUUAAGCUGGAAAAGAGUGCUUCAAAUCGGCAGAGAGCAAAGCGAUGAAAAACUUGAGAAUGUUCUCAAAACUAUGGGUGCAAACGAAUGUUGUACUCUAGUAUACACUUCUGGAACUGUAGGAAAUCCAAAAGCUGUAAUGUUAACCCACGAUAACUUAACAUGGGACGCUAUAGCUAUAGGUGAAAGAAUAGGUGGUUUAAAAGACGGAAUGGAAUCCAUCGUAAGUUAUCUUCCAUUAAGUCACGUCGCAGCCCAAGUCGUCGAUAUUUACAUCACCAUGUCAGUCGCUGCUUCGGUCCACUUCGCUGAUCCAAACGCUCUUAAAGGAAGCUUGGUUAACACAUUAAAAGAAGUUAGGCCAACCAGAUUCUUAGCUGUACCAAGAGUUUGGGAGAAAAUGCAUGAAAAAAUGAUGCAAAUUGCAGCUAGUGGCGGUAUUAUCCAAAAAAUGAUCGCCAGUUGGGCUAAAAAUAACAGUUUACAACAUUAUAUGAAAAAAAUGAAUGGUGUCGAAUCGAGCACAUUUGGUUAUUCAGUGGCUAGCUCCGUAAUUUUCAAAAAAAUUAAAGAAGCUCUCGGUUUAGAAAGGUGUAAAACAUUCGUAUCAGCGGCCGCGCCGUUGGCGGCAGACAUCAAAAAAUAUUUCUUCAGUAUAGAUUUACCUAUAAUGGAAGCUUUUGGUAUGUCGGAAGCUGCCGGAGCGCACACUUUGGGAGUUUUAGACGCUUUUGGUUUUGAUACAAUCGGACCAACGAUACCCGGCAUGCAAACAAAACUUCAUAACAAAGAUGCUCAAGGUCAUGGCGAAAUUUGCAUGUAUGGAAGGCAUGUGUUUAUGGGUUAUUUAAAUGAACCAGAAAAAACUAAAGACACUUUGGAUGAAGAAGGUUGGUUACAUUCCGGUGAUAUUGGAAGAAUUGAUGAAAGAGGUUUGGUGUAUAUUACUGGUAGAUUGAAGGAAUUGUUAAUUACCGCUGGAGGCGAAAAUGUACCUCCAGUUCCUAUUGAACAAUUGGUGAAAGCGGAAUUGCAACAUGUUAGCAAUUGCGUCUUAAUUGGUGAUAAACGCAAGUUCUUGUCUUUGUUGGUUACUUUGAAAACGGAGGUUGACCCCGACACUGCAGCUCCUUUAGAUAAAUUAACACCAGAAGUGAAAGAUUGGUUGUCGAGUUUGGGAUGUCCAGCAUCUACGAUUCCUGAAGUACUUAAAGCUGGACCUGAUCCGAAAUUAUUGCAAGCUAUUCAAGGCGGAAUUGAUAGAGUUAACAAGCAAGCUACCUCUAAUGCUCAAAAAAUUCAAAAGUUUGCUUUGUUACCUAAAGAUUUCUCUAUUCCUACUGGUGAAUUAGGUCCUACACUUAAAUUAAAACGUAACGUAAUCCUGGAAAAAUAUGGCGAUAUUAUAGAUAGGUUCUAUGAUUAAUUACUUUUUUUUUAAAUAUAAAUGUUGUGUUAUUUGUUGGAUGUUAGGUAUAUCUGUUGUAUAUUUUUUAUUGUAGCCCUUAAGGUUUAUUAUUAAA